GGACGAUACUGUCUGAAACUGGCUCCAGAUCUGAUACCCGAUAUUUUCGGAAAUAUUUGACCAAAGAUAAAAUCCAAACGGAGACAUUCCCUGACAGAGAAUCGGCGGCGCUACAUCAGCAAGGAAAUGACCCGGCACUGUACAGGGCGAGUCCUAUUCUGCGUGAUAUUGGUUGCCAUUUCUGAGGCAGUUGCUGGGCAGAUUCGCUAUUCCAUUCCGGAGGAAAUGCAGAAAGGCUCUUCCGUGAGGAACAUCGCAAAGGAUCUGGAGCUGGAUGUAGAUCAGCUCUCAGACAGCGCCGUUCGCAUUGUUUCCAGAGGUAGGACGCAGUGUUUUGCUUUGAAUUUUAAGAGCGGCCAUUUAUACAUCACGGAAAGGAUAGACAGAGAAGAGAUCUGUGGUGGGAUGGAAAUGUGUCUGUUAAAUUGUGAGGUUAUAGCUCAAGCUAAAAUGAAGCUUUUUCCGGUCGAAGUAGAAAUCACAGAUAUUAAUGAUAAUGCUCCCAGCUUCCAGUCAGAAGAAUUCGAUUUAAAAAUCAGUGAAACAGCAGCCCCAGGAUCACGGUUUUCUGUGCGUCAGGCAGAGGACUCAGACAUUCCACCAGAAUUUCUAAAUUCCAUCCAGAGCUACCAACUCAGCAGUAACACGCAUUUCUUACUGGAUGUAGAAACGCGAUCUGAUGGAAUAAAAUACGCUGAACUGGUGCUGGAAAAGUGUCUAGACCGGGAAGAACAAGCAGUUCACAAGCUAAUCCUCACAGCCACUGACGGGGGAGAUCCAGUCAGAUCCGGCACUGCGCAAAUCCGCGUAAUUGUUCUCGAUUCUAAUGACAAAGCCCCAGUUUUUAGCCAGCCUGUCUACAGAGUGAGCAUUUGGGAAAACGUGCCUGAAGGUUCCCCGGUUGUCACAGUAAAAGCCACUGAUCCGGAUGAAGGAGUCAACAAAGAGGUGAAAUGCUCUUUCCAAAAAAUCACAGACAAAGCUUCCAAAAUAUUCCGCUUGGAUUCGAACACGGGAGAUGUAACUAUUGUGGGAAAUCUGGACUUUGAGGAAGCUGCAUUAUAUGAAAUUGAGGUGCAAGCGCAUGACUGGGGAGGCCUUUUUGACAGAUCCAAAAUUGUAAUCGUUGUUCGCGAUGUGAAUGACAACGCUCCGGAAAUCGCUCUCAGAUCUCUCAUCAGCUCGAUCCCCGAGGACUCUCCCCCGGGGACUGUCAUCGCCCUUUUAAAUGUGCAAGAUCCAGACUCAGGAGAGAACGGGGAGGUCACUUGUUCGUUAGCCAGCGACCUCCCCUUCCAGCUGAAGAAACCCUUCGAGAAUUACUACAGUCUGGUGACAGACCGAGGCCUGGACAGGGAGCAGGUGGCAGCAUACAACAUCACAGUGACCGCCACGGACAAUGGGACUCCUCCUCUUUCUACAGCCACCACGAUCCCACUCCGGAUUUUAGACACGAACGACAACUAUCCCCUCUUCGAUAAAACAUCCUACACCGGCUACGUCACUGAGAAUAACCCGAGAGGAGUCUCUGUUUUCUCCCUGAGGGCGAGUGACCCCGACUGGGGGGAAAACGCGAGAGUCACUUACUCCAUUAAUGAAGGAGACAGAAGCGAAGUGCCUUUGUCCUCCUCCACCUCCAUUAACUCCGAGACUGGGGCUCUCUACGCUCUGCGCUCCUUCGAUUACGAACAGUUCCGGGAGAUUCGGUUCCAAGUGCAGGCUCAGGAUGGGGGUUCCCCACCUCUCAGCAGUAAUGUCUCCGUCACUCUCUUUAUACUGGAUCAGAAUGACAACAGCCCGCACAUCUUACACCCCUCCUUUCCCACCGAUGGCUCCACGGGAGUGGAGUUGGCCCCUCGCUCCUCCGAGCCGGGUUACCUUGUCACUAAGGUGGUGGCGGUGGAUGCAGACUCCGGGCAGAACGCCUGGCUCUCCUACCAGCUGCUGAAGGCUACAGAGCCGGGGCUCUUCUCUGUGGGACUCCACAGCGGCGAGAUCAGGACAGCGCGCUCCUUUGUAGACAAAGAUGCGCUCAAGCAAAGUCUGGUGGUUUUAGUGAAGGACAACGGGCAGCCCCCUCUCUCUGCCACGGCCACUGUCACGGUGGUGGUGGCUGACAGCAUCCCCGAAAUCCUCUCCGAUUUAAGCAGUCUCUCAACUCCUGCAGACCCCCAGUCCAGCCUCACCUUGUAUUUGGUGAUCGCUGUGGCUUCCUUUUCUUGCUUGUUCUUUACCUUUAUCAUAGUAUUACUGGCCCUGAGGCUCCGCCGGUGGAGAAACUCGCAGCUGUUUGACUCCUCGAGUGUGACUUUCAGUGGAUUUCCCGUCUCGCAGCUUUUGGGGGUCGAUGGAGUCAGAGCUUUUCUUCACUCCUACUCACAUGAGGGUUCUCUAACCACGAACUCCAGGAAGAGCCAGUUCAACUUUCCCAAAUCAAACUAUUCAAAUACUCUGACCAGUCAGCAGACUUGUGAGAUAAAGGAUCCUAUUCUAGUUACUGGAGAAUUAAACAUUAGUAACGGGGAUCAGACCUCGCUUCAGGUGAGCUAA